AUGGUUGGUUGCGUUGUUUCAAAUUGUAAAAAUUCAUCAGGAAAAAUAUCAAAGCAUAAAAAUGGGAUUACAUUUCAUAGAUUUCCUAGAGAUAAAAAUAGAAAAUAUCAAUGGGAGAUUGCAGUAAAUAGAGAGGAGGGAUGGUGUUCAACAUCAUCAAGUGCAGUAUGCUCUGAACAUUUUGCCACCAAUGACUUUUACCUGACAGAGAGUGGCUUAAGAAGACUUUCUUUAAAUGCUGUACCUUCUAUAAAUAUUUCGCCAUGCCAAGAGCCCGAACCAACUAUAUGCAUUAUGGAGCCUGGCAAUGUAAACCCCACUGAUUCAGAGGAAGUGGUGAAACUAAAGUAUAAAGUGAGAAGAUUGGAAGCACUUGCAGAAAUGAGAAAAAGGAGGUUGAAUCUCAUGUGGCAAUCAAAAAGAAGACUCCGAAAGAAAUUAGCACAAAUGAAAUGUUUGGUGAAGCAUCUGAUAAAGAAUGAGCAAUACAAGGAAAUGCAAAAUAGUUUGCUCAAAUGUACAUGA